AUGACGACGACUGCGACAUACAAGGACCGGCAAUUCCUUGCUGUGAUCGGAGAUGAAGAUUCCGUCACCGGUCUUCUCCUCGCUGGCAUCGGACAUGUCACCGAUGCUCCAGACUCGCAACGCAACUUCUUAGUCGUUGACCCGAAGACCGAAACCUCAGCGAUUGAACAGGCCUUCCAGAACUUCACACAGGAGAGAAAAGAUAUUGCCAUCGUUCUGAUCAACCAGCAUGUUGCGGAGCGAAUCCGACACAGCGUAGACUCAUUCACAGAUCCCUUCCCCGCUGUUCUCGAGAUCCCCAGCAAAGACCACCCCUAUGACCCAGAGAAGGACAGUGUUCUCAAGCGUGUGCGCCGUCUUUUCGGAGAAUAA